GUUGCAUCUCGCUUUACCAGACCCUGAAAUAUAGUUCCCUACCUAAUCCCCUGACCGAUAAUGUUGGUCAACGGCCCAGGUACAACAAAAAAUCGUGACAAAGCCAGGAUUGCUGAUGACAGAGGCCGUGAGCUUGCGGCUCCCGGCGGCGUAGCAAGGAACCGGUUCAUCGGCGAUCAGGCACUCGAAAGGUCGAUGGGUGACUCUGCGAUCUUCUUCUGAGCAGGGAUGUGGUUAAAUACUGGAAGGUACAGCAGUAAAGCAGAGGUGCAAAAUAUUUCAUUAUAAAUACUAAAUCAACUAUUUCUACUCCUCAUUGAACUUUCUCCUGUCGUGUCUCGGAGAUCUACAUUUCUUUAUGCGAUAUUUUUUCAAUGUUGCACGAGUAGCUAUAAUUUUUUAGACAUUUGUUUGCUGAUUUACUUUUCAUAUUGUAUCAUCUCUAUCAGUUCAUUGCCGAUGUUAAAAAUAUCCGAGCCCUCUGAUUUACUACUCAUCUUGGCAACAUUUAUAAGUCUUUAAAUCCAAUGUCAUCUCUAACCACCAUUGUUAGACAGGCGUGAAUGAAUCACUUUUCCUGUGGAGUUAUUUUAUUUCUUGAUGGACAGUUCUCGUUGAAAACUUCGAAAUAUUUUUAAACGUUUCCUAAUGCAACUCGCAAACCCUCGUCACAUUGUAAAAAGUGACUGGUUGUGCCCUUGAGUACGACGACCCCGGGAAUUAGCACGGACCCGAUGGUCGAAUGGCCUUCUGUAUUAUAAGGUUGCAGACCAAGAGCUGAGACGAGGGAAUCGCCUGCUUGCACUCUCAGCCGGUACGCCCAAUGGACACGUGUGCCGUAAGUUUUCCAUGACCAGGAAACUGAUGGAACGAUUCCUCAUCAACCUCGCAUGCAAUAGCCUGCUCCUUUUAUUUCCCCCUUGAUAAAUCAUUAGCUGGGAUUGAGGGUAAUUGGCAAGGCAAGGUUUUAUUUCCCCGCGUUAUUGGUUGCAAUUUUGAGAGUUUUGUUUUAUUCUCUCCCUCCCUCCCCCACAAAAAACCCCGACAGAAUUACUAUUGGAGCUUGUACGGUCGUACAAACACCGCCACAGAGGAUUGUAAAGCAAUCCCGACCAAGGGUCCCCCACUUGAAGCUGUUUUUCCUCUCUCCACAGAUGCUGCCUGACCUGCUGGUUGUUUUUAGCGUAUUCCGCUUUCUAGCAUCUGCAGUUAUUAUAUAUAUCAUUAUUAUAUAUAACUGCAGAUACUGGAAAGCUAUUAUAUAUAUCUAACUGGUAAGCGGCGAGCCCAUGUCCGGGAAGAGCAACCACGUCAGGAAUGAGUGUGUGCGUAUGUAUGUUUGUGGAUAGGUGGAACGAGGCGGCCUUGACACCGAGCAAGGGCAGGGAGGCGGGUCGGGUCCAGCCCCGACCAUUCCAGCUCACCAGCUCUCACUGGCUGCCGGCACCUUUGAUGACAUGACUUUAAAUAUCCUGCACCGGACGUGAAGCGGCAAGAAUAUCACCAGCGCCGCCGGUUGUCAGUAUCUGUCUGCUGCUAAUAAGACCCUUCUGUAAAAUAUCUGAUUUUCAAAACCCGGGCCUACUCACGGUAUUAACGGCUGCCGUAGUGCGGAAGAUAAUUCAUUUUGCGCUUUCUCACCCCACAAAAUAUAUAUAAAUAUUUCUUUCAAUUCUGAUAAAAUUAAUAUACAUUUCUUGCACCGGGAGGUAUCCCCCCCGGCUCGCGCGCUUUUUUCCCCUCCUCACUAGCGACUAGAACGCGCCCGGAUCGGCUCGCGCUCUUUUUAAAGCAUUUGGAACGCGCUUCGGUUGGCCCCGAGCGGCUCGCGCUUUUUCUUUUGAAGAGAUUGGAAGGCGCCGCAGUUGGCUCGUGCCCACCCCGGGCGCCGGCGAUGGACGGGAGCGGGCUGCGCGAGCGGCUGGCGGCGGACGGCCAGGCUCACUUGCUGCGCUUCUGGGACGAGCUGAAGGAGGCCGAGCGAGGCGAGCUGCUGGCCGACCUCAACAUCUGCCACUUCCCCGAGAUCCUGCGCUUCUUCCGCCAGGCGGUGCAGGGCUCGGAAGCGCUGCGGGAGCAGCAGAAGGUGGACGAGCACAUGGAGCCGGUGCCCAAGGAAGUGCAGGGUAGCGUCACCCGGGACCGGGAGCGACUGCCAACCUGGGAGGCGGAAGGCCUCCUUCAAAUCUCACAAAGUAAAGUAGCUGUGCUGCUUUUGGCUGGCGGACAGGGAACCCGUCUCGGAGUAACCUCUCCUAAAGGAAUGUACAAUGUUGGUUUAUUGUCGCAAAAAACCCUCUUUCAAAUUCAAGCCGAACGCAUUUUGAAACUUCAGCAAUUGGCUUCGGAGCAAUUUGGACAUAAGUGCACAAUUCCAUGGUAUAUCAUGACUAGUGGUCGGACAAUGGAUUCUACAAAUGAGUUUUUUGUUAAAAACAAUUACUUUGGUCUACAGAAGGAAAAUAUCAUCCUUUUCCAACAAGGAAUGUUGCCAGCUAUGACUUUUGAUGGGAAGGCCAUCCUUGAAGGAAAAAGUAAAAUUGCAAUGGCACCAGACGGAAAUGGGGGCCUUUACCGUGCCCUUGGAAAUCAGAAGAUUGUGGAGGAUAUGGAAGAUCGAGGCAUUGCUUAUGUUCAUGUGUAUUGUGUGGACAAUAUUCUUGUUAAAGUUGCAGAUCCAAUCUUCAUAGGCUUUUGUGUGAAACAGCAAGCUGACUGUGGAGCCAAGGUGGUAGAAAAGACGCACCCAACUGAGGCUGUUGGCGUCGUGUGUAAAGUGAAUGGCCUGUAUCAAGUUGUAGAGUACAGUGAGAUCACUCUAGUUACUGCACAGAAAAGGAAUGCUGAUGGACGUUUAACAUUCAAUGCAGGGAACAUAUGUAACCACUUCUUUACACUACAAUUCUUAAAGGAUGUUGUGAAAAUCCAUGAACCUAAGCUGCGGCAUCACGUUGCCCAGAAGAAAAUUCCAUACAUUAAUGAUCAAGGUCAACAAAUUAAACCAGAUAAACCUAAUGGAAUUAAGAUGGAAAAAUUUGUAUUUGACAUCUUUCAGUUUUCAAAGAAAUUUGUAAUAUUUGAAGUCUUGCGAGAGGAUGAGUUUUCUCCACUGAAGAAUGCAGAUAGUCAGGAUGGGAAAGACACGCCUACAACAGCACGCCAUGCAUUGAUGUCUCUCCACCAUCGCUGGGUUCUAAAUGCAGGUGGGCACUUUGUUGAUGAAAAUGGAACAAGGAUUCCAGCAAUUCCCAGUUCGGCAACUGGAAUGUCAGAGGCAGUCACUGCUGUUGUUAAUGACAAUCUGAAGGAGUUGACAGAUCUUCCAAUCAAAUGUGAAAUUUCUGCACUUGUAUCUUAUGCUGGAGAGGGUCUGGAAAAAUAUGUUGCAAGUCGAGACUUCCGUACUCCCCUGAUUAUCGAUGAAAAUGGGGCGCAAGAAUUGAUCCAGAAUGGGCUCUGAAAUGAGACUGUGAAGAUCCUUUUGAAGUUGUCAUUGUACAGGAAAUGAACUUUGGAGCAAAAUCCAGUUAGCACCAUUGUAUAUUGUUCAACAUUGUAGGGCAUAGUUUUAUCUGAAUUUCUUAAAUUAUUUAAAAUGAACUAUUUUCUUUGAAAGAAAAUUUUAGUAUACUAUUUUAGUUUUUAGUAUUUAAAUCAUUACCUGCAUUAUUACAGAAACAGGAUUAUUUUUUCAAUAGAAUAAUAUUUGUUCUCUGGGUAUGGUUUUUGUAGGUCUAAAAUAUUAUUUCACAUUUUAAAAUAAAUUACCUCUCAUUAUGCAGUGUACAAAAACAAAACACUGCCAGAAUAAAUGAAGUUGUUAAAACCCUUCCCAUGCAAUAAUUAAAAUAUCAUGUGGCAUGAAGGAAUAACCUAAUUCAUGGGAAAAUGGUCAUAUCUUACAAUUGCUGCAUUGUAACUGCUCAAAUUCAUGAUUGAACAAUGAUGAUAUGGCAUCACUACAUAUGUUACCUAUUCUUUAUGAACAGUUUUAAUUGAUACUAAUGGUUUAAAAAUUUGAACUGAACUUUUUUAUGCAUAACUUCCAUGAAUUGGUUUUAGUCUUUUAAAGUGACCCUUGUCUGCCGAACUUAUUGCAGGCUAAUUUUUAUUCAUGUCUAUUCUGCAUGCCCCAUACAGUAUAUGGCUUCAGGUUGAGCAUUGCCCAAGCUUGUUAUUGCAGAUUAAACCUAUAUUUCAGUGAUUUAAUUUGCACUAAGAAAAUGAGAGUGGCGUAGCUAGUAGAGCUGCUGCAUCGCAGCACCAGCGGUUUGGGUUCAUUCCCCACCUUGGAUGCUGUCUUUCUCCUUUUGACCAUGUGGGUUUCCUCCCACACCUCAAAGAUGUGCAGGUUGGUAGGUUAAUUGGCCACUGAACAUUGCCCCUAAUGUGUAGAUAACUGGUAGUAUGUGGUGAGAGUUGAUGGGAAUAUGGAAGAAUAAAAUCUGGGGUUAGUGUAGGAUUAGUGUAAAUGGGUGAUUGAUGGUUGACAUGGACUAGGUGGGCCAAAGGACCUGUUUCCAUGCUGUAUGAAUUUGAGAGCAACUCCUUAAGGGGAAAAAACAGGAACCUUUGAAAUCUAGCUUAAGUAGAUUUAAUUUUUUGAAAUGGAAGUAUCUUGAACUGCUAUUGUAGUGUUUUAAAGUCCAUUUUAAUUUUUGUGCCAGUCAUGAAAAUUAUGCUUUAUUUUCAUUCUUUAUUAUUAUUGAUGGGAUCUUCUUACUUUUGGGUUACAUCCAUGGACCUUUAAAUAAUAAGGAAAAAUGUAUUGUCAAAGAGAAAUUUAGAAAGUGUGGCUUUUGCAACAUGAACAAGUCAUGUGAAUAGUUCGUUAUUUGUCCUACAAUCUUUUUUGUGAUCAUUUUGACAUGGCCAAAUAAAAUCAGGUGUAAUUCUUU